UUUAGGGAAAAAGAAACAGAGAGAAAAAGAUAUUCAGAAGACCAAGCUGGAAGUAUAAAUACAGAAAACCCACCACAUAAAAAACCAAGAAAAGUGACCGAAUAGAUAGGCUGCUGCAUUUUGAUUUUGCUUUACAAGAGAAGAAAAGGAGACAAUUGGAGAUGAGAAUGACACAACCAAGAAUGCAAAGAAAUAAUGCUAUGGUUUGUGUCUUGAUCAUCUUCUUGAUCAAUGUCAAUGGAGAGAUAUCUCCAUUUGAUGAUCAUGGAAAUCAUUUCCAUGAUCAAAUGAAAAAACUGCAAGCUUUAAAGUCUUCUUUAAUCCGUCGUGAUUUGGCUUCCUCUCCUUCUCCUUCUCCUAGCUUUUCUGCUCCAGCUCCAUCUCCACAGGCUGGGGCUGUGGGCAGUCCAAGGGUGUUCAGAGUGACAUCGUUUGGUGCAGAUCCAAGUGGGAAAUUAGACAGCACAGAAGCACUUGAAAAAGCAAUAGCAGCAGCAUUUGAAGGUCCUAAAGAAUGGUCUUUGAUGGAAGGAAUCAUUAAUCUUGGAGGUGCUCAGAUUUAUCUUGAGGGUGGAAUUUACAAGAUUUCUCAACCUCUCAGAUUGCCUGCUGCUGGAGCAGGGAAUCUUAUGAUUAGUGGAGGUACAUUACUAGCCUCAGAUGAUUUUCCAACAGAUGGGUAUCUCAUUGAUUUAUCAUCCUCCUCUUCUUCCUCCUCCUACAACUAUGAGUACAUAACUCUCAAAGAUCUCAUGUUGGAUUGCAACUACAGGGGUGGAGGCAUUUCAGUUAUAAACUCACUUAGGACUAGCAUAGACAACUGUUACAUUACCCAUUUCAACACUAAUGGAAUUUUAGUCCAACAAGGCCAUGAAACUUACAUUAGAAACUCCUUUCUCGGUCAACACAUCACCGCCGGAGGCGAUCCAGGUGAAAGGAACUUUUCAGGCACGGCAAUAAACCUAAUGGGUAACGACAACGCCGUGACUGAUGUCAUUAUCUUUUCAGCUGCCACAGGAAUAUUGGUUUCAGGUCAAGCUAAUACCUUAUCAGGAGUACAUUGUUAUAAUAAGGCCACAGGUUUUGGCGGAACAGGAAUUUAUCUGAAGCUGCCUAAUCUAACUCAAACUAGGAUUUUGAAUUGUUAUUUGGACUAUACUGGAAUUGUUGCUGAAGAUCCCAAUCAACUUACCAUCACUAAUAGCUUUUUCCUAGGAGAUGCAUAUAUAGCGUUGAAAUCAGUUAACGGGGUCGCAAAGGGAGUUACCAUUGUUGAUAAUAUGUUCUCUGGGUCUAAUAAGGGGAUUGACAUUGUUCAAUUGCAGCAAUCAAAUGGUCCUUUCAAGGAAAUUGAUCAAGUUGUGGUGGAUAGGAAUAAUGUUCAAGGGAUGAACAUAAGGGCAACUAAUGCUAAGGAGUCUGUUGAAGGGAAUGGAACCUCAUGGAGUGUUGAUUUUAGUCCAAUUCUAUUAUUUCCUAACCUUAUCAAUCAUGUUCAGUACUCAUUGAGUGCAAAUGGUGCCUCAUUUCCUAAUUAUGCUCUGCGCAAUGUUUCUGAAAAUAGGGUUGUGAUAGAAUCAGAUGUUGCUGUGGCUGCUAGGGUUUUUGUCACUGUGAAUCAAGCAGUAACAAUUUGAAGUUAUGCAUUGAUUUUUUAUUUUUUAUUU